AUGGCCCUGCAAACAAAGUCCUUGAAGUUCUCCAUGCCUAACCGACCCAUGGGAACGAAAGUCCCGCAUCCUCCCUCGACCAAUUUCGCCGAGCGUGAAGCGGACUUGGACGAGGGCGAAUUUCCCACUCCACCCGCGAAACGAGUGAAAACGAGACCCGCGGCGAAGGCGAAUACGAACUUGGAUCCGGCUGGCCGAGAUAAAGAUAGUCCACGAAAGCGAAGAACGAUAACAACAACUAGGAAGCAGGGGCAGGGACAUCCGAAAACAAAUGAGAUACCAGAUUCUGAAGAAGAAUCCUCUCAAGACAUAGAGGAUGGAGAUGAAGGCCGGCCAGGUCUAGGAACACAAUUGGAAACCACAUUGCCGCCCGUGCCUGGUACGGAUGAAAAAGAAGCGAUUGAUGAAUAUGAGGCGUUCAAGGCUGGACGAACUGAUCCUACAACAGUGGAGGAGAAUCAAAAAGAGCAUCAGGAGACUACUCGGUCUCGACUAGAAUCCCGCUCUUGGAUCCGCGGUCGCAGCUCCAUCUACGUUGACGCAUUCAAUCUGGCCCUCGAUACAGUCCUUGAAGAGGAACGACAUUUGUUCAGCCAGGCCGAAUUGGGGCUUUUCGAGAUCUGGAGGAAAGAGCUGUCCUAUGAAGCACAGUACCUUUAUGUCAGGCUGUUUUUGAGGAAAACAAGCAAAUGGUUUCGAGUGAGGGAUCUGCAGUAUUAUGGCGAUGUGGCGGAUAUGGAGGGGGCGGUGAGGGAGUUGCAGUUGGAAAGAAGUUUGUCAACAACGACGACGACGACGUCGACCGCCACCACGGCCACCACCGUUGACGAUGCCGCCGAGGUGGGUGUUGUUGCUGUCUAUCCCGGAGACCUAGAACCGCCAGAGGAAUUGGGAUGUCUAGGCGACAGAUUCGCAUUCGCCGAGUGUUCUUCAGAACAUAUCACGACGCUGGACGAGGCGAGCAGUUUAUUGUUACUCGAUGAGCUCAAAAGCCUGGCCAAAGAAGUCAAAGUGGGAGUGACGGGCAAGACUAAGCGGGAACUGUUGCACAAUUUCCGUCGGACGAGUGGGAAGCAGACUGGAUUGGGGUUCCUUAAACGGAUAGAAACUGAGGAAUCGCACGCCAGUGACGAUGUCAGGUCUGUCCAUAACGACCCCGAAGAUGAAAGUAGUGGGACAUCAACACCCACUAUCAACAACCGAGAUGGCCAUUUCACCAAGAAGAUCCUCGACAGAACAGGCCUAUGCAUCCGGCUCUCUCUUGCCCCGUUGAAACUAUUCGAGCGGGUCCAUUUGGUAUUCUACCGCAGCACAGAGUGGACGGAAAAAUCUCUAACAACAUUAAUCCUGGCCAAGAUCUCGCGGCGCCAUUUCCCCGAGUAUCUAGUGAGUCGAUCGAGUACGAUUUUCGAGUCGAGAGCAUUGUUGCUGGAGUUUGAAGCCAGUCUACGCACGCAGUUCCGGGUGGACAAUAUUUUGGAAUUCAACGGUACGCCGCGGCAUGCUGCCCUUCAAGAAGUGAAACAGAUUUUCGAGGCCGUUUAUCCCCGAUGGAAAGCUUUGCUGGGUGAAGAACAACGUAAGGAAGACCGUGGUGUCUAUCAGAGUGGCGAAGGGGCGUAUCUGCGUCGGUUUAAUCCAGGUUGGGUAUAUACCCGCAUCGUGCACAAGGCAUUACAUGUUUUGGGUAGUUUUAAGGAACAUGUGCGCGAACAUCAAUUGCUUUGUGAAUUGCUGGAUCAGCGCCUUUUUCAUGCUUCGAAGAGGGGUGCGUGGUAUCAGCGCAAAGCUCUGCUCGAGGAACAUUACAUGUAUGAGUCGGACUUAACACCCCAGGAGGGCAGCGGCAAAAGUGGAAUGGUAGAGGCGAAGAAGAAGCACUGGAAAAGAAUUGCCUUACGGACCUGUGAGCAAGGUCUACAGGAUAAAGAGUGUCAUGUCAUUUACCAUUGCGACCUGCAGAAGCGGAUCAAGAAACUCGAGAAGCAGCUUCAUUUGCCGCUGAGAGAACAGCAUGAUUUUGGCCAUGUUCGCUUGAAAAAGGCGGUCGAGCGCGACGUUGUGGGUAUCAAGAUUGAAAGGGAAGAUCUACCAUUGCCGCUCAGCAGGAAAACCAGCGUCAAGACGUCCGUCACCAUUCCCGAGGGUGUCGUCCAAAAACCACCGAGUCUGAUACACCAACCCAGCAGCACGACGUCCGGCGGCGCUGGCGGUGGAGGAGGAGGAGGAGGAGGAGGAGGAGGAGGAGGACUUGGAUCCAAAACGAUCUGGCUCGACACGCUCGAUACCAACCUCCCCGUAUCCGUCGAAGCAAUGUGUCUCUCGCACUACAGGCAUAUCCUCGGAUACAAAGGCUACCACAGCGAAGGCGGGAUCCUCCGAACCCUAUUCGGAUUGUUAUUCUACGAUAUUCUCUUCUUCAACCCCUAUAUCCCCAACGUAUUCCAGACAGCAUACCAAACCUGUCCAUUGGAUUUACAUACCGACACCUUUUUUCCUGCACGCAUGCCCGAGAUUCUGGGCCGUAUCAAUCAGAUUUCAAACGGUGAAGCUAAGGACAUUGCACGUAACGUCUGGGAUGAACAUUAUGAGAGACGCACGUGUAUUGUGGGUGUCCAGUGGGACGGGUUCGACAGGGAUGAUUUGCUCGAAUUGAUCGAGUGUUGGGAUGGGAGUGCCCUGGGGACGGUUAUGCUGGUUAUGGCGCAGGAUUAUGCGGGCAGAGGGGGUGGGGUGCCGGAUUUGGUUUUGUGGAAGAAAUUUGCAUCUGGAUCUGGGUCUGGAAACGGUGAUGGUGUUGGAAGUGGUGGUGGUGAUGGCGAUGGUGAGGACGAUGGUGGUUGUGGAGGACGAAAAGGUGAAAUCCUCUUCGUCGAAGUCAAAUCGGCAAAUGACCGUCUCAGCGAUACCCAGAGACUCUGGAUAUCCGCUUUGUGGGGGGCAGGCGUUCCAGUCGAGUUGUGUCAUGCUGUUGCGGGAGAGGUCAGAAGCGAGUGA